UGACCGGACGAUGUGACGUCGGGAGUCGGGAGUUUGUGUUGUGGAGGAGUCGCCGCUGCUUCACCAUCUGCGCUAGAAGCGGCGCGGACCGAUUUUCUAAUGGUGUUACUCGGACUCUCGAGUUACUCUGCACGUGGCCGCCGUGUUCAGUGUCUGAGAGAUGCAGGACGACUCUAACAUACCCGACAUCGGAUUUGUGCAGCAGAUCCUGAGCCUGAAUUUGGUCCCCCGGAAAAAUGUCACCAACUGCGGGAAUGACACGUCGCUGUGCAAUUUCUCAGAGAUGUGGUAUGGCGUGUUCCUGUGGGCUGUCGUCUCCUCACUGGUGUUCCACCUGCCUGCAGCGCUACUGGCCCUUGCUACUCUCCGCAGACAUAAGGUGGCACGCUUCUUGCCUGUCGCCAUCCUGCUUAUGGGCAUUAUAGGUCCCCUGUUUGGAGGAGUCCUUACUAGUGCAGCAAUAGCAGGGGUGUACAUGGCAGCAGGAAAAACGAUGAUGUCUUUGGAGGCCUUGGUGUUUGGAGUGGGACAAUCUUUCUUUAUUCUGGUCAUCUCCUUCCUCAGAGUGUUGGCCACCCUGUAGCGUCGAGCCCCCGGCCCAAACCAGGCUGCCACCACAAAGGAAGAGAGCCGUGAAAGACUCAGUUCAGUUCCCCUGGACAUCAUAUGCAAAAACAUGGAGGCCUUACUUUCCACACGUGUCGCACAGGUCUUUUUGUUUCGAUAUUUUGUUAUGUUUGUGUUUUUUUCUCUCUCUUUCCUCUCUCUGUCUCUCAAAAUGGCAGGUUGUGGGUGGCAAAGUGGAUGGAUAGCUGAACACCUAUGUUCAUGUGUAUGAUUUAGAGAUGGCCUUUGUACACAGGUGGUUUGUGUACACGUCUUGCACACGUGUGCUUUGUGUAAAGUAGAACAUUCCAGGAGAAAGAUGUAGCGGGCCAAAAGAUCUUCAGCACCGAGGGUCGUGGAACCAUGAUACAGCGCUCAGCAUUGCUGCGUGAGCUUUGUGUAUCAUCGCCAUGAGCUCACGUGAAUCUGAUAAGGAUUAGAAUAAUAAUGGUGGUGGUGAGGAUUAAGAUCAUGAUAAUGAUGGCCUGACAAAUUUUGUACUCCAAAUUCACGUUGUUUGGCACAGAUUAGUCGUAGGCCCAGAUAGGAUUAGCUUGAGCCUGCACUUGUGAUAGAUUUCAGUCUGUACAUACUAAAGCCCAUUCCAGCUCCUCCUCAGCUUAUUGUGGAGAAGAAAAAGAUUUUAUAUUUAUAUUUCUAAAGAAACUAAUCUUAUAGGCCAAAAGAUAUAGGCUUUGUUUUUAUUAUUAUAGUUCUGUCUUUCUUUUUCUUUACAUUGCUUUGCUUACAUACUUUCCCAUUGUCGCUUUGUUUACACUACAUUUUCAGUGCAUCCUGGUAAAACGUUAAAGCUAAACGUUAAGUCUUUAAAAAGCACUUGUCUGUUGACUUUUGCAGCAGUUAAAUAGCUUGAGUUAAAUAGAUGUCAUUUUAACAUUCAUAUGUCCUGUUACUUUUGACUUGUUAAUUGUGUUUGUGUUUCAGCAUUUGGCCUUCACUAUGUUAUUUAUUUACAGCACACAAUAAUAUAUUGUUGUUUUGAUAUUAAUAUGCCCAUAAGAUUGCAUAUGAGGCAACCUCAAGUUCUUAAUGCCUACUAUAUGAAUGUGUAUCAGAUUUCAAUGAAAUCCCUAAUAGAAUUUCUUAUACCUUUUACCAAAGAGAUCUUAACGCUAAUGUACGACUAUUGUAAAUUGAAUAUACUGUAAGAUUUAAUCUUGUUCUAAAGAGGUUUCACGCAGCGACCACAAUCAAAUGACUCUACCUAACUCAAGAACCAUUUGUAUUGAUUUAGCUAACUACUUUCCACCUAAAUGUAGUGUAGUUUUUAAAAACAGAGUAAGGCUUCUUCUCUACAGCAAGAAGCAUGUGGAGUGAAUAGCAGUCACUUAAAGCAACUAUGCAGUCACCAAGCUUCAGGAGGAUUCAGUAUUUAUCUGGAGUAUUGCUGAAUAGAUGCUAAAUCAAAUGCAUAAUCUCUCCAUCUUCCCCAGUCCAAGUUCAGUGCAGGCUCAGUGGCUGUUGUGGUCAUCCGAAAUUAAUGCUUCACCCAGGAACUGCUAACGUGGCUCAGUUUGAGUGGAAAUAGGUGGGGACCUGUUAGGAUAAUGCUAACUCCUACUGCCUGGCAUUCUUUCUUUCUUAGAUAUCAAUCAGUUUUGUUUUAAAAAACAACAGGCUUUGAUUUCAGCCGCAUUAUCUCUUUAUUCAAGGCCUCUGAAGGUUUUUUUUUUUUUUCCCUCCAAGCUUCAGUAAUGGUGUGGACUGUUAUUGCUGAAAAAUCUGCUAAUCAUUUCUGAAUGGAGUCCUCAGUCUUUAAGCUGGCUGCAGCUAGAACGUUGGCAGUGCUGUUGUCGUCAGCCGUGGAAAUCAUUGAAAGCAAUGUUUUCCGUAUUCAGGGCCUAUGGUCUUUUACAGUUUCACAAAUGGAUUUAUUUUUCUAAAUUCUCUCCUCCUUCUAUAGAGUGACUGCACGUUGUCUUCUCGGUUUGUCCUUGACUGUCUUUUCAUGGAAAACAGAUUGCAGUAAUUUAACAUGAUGUGAUUUGUUAUUGAUUUUCUUUCUUUCUUUCUUUCUUUUUCGGGGGGGGGGGGGGGGGAGUUUAAUUUUUCAUACUGUACAUUAAGUGCCAAUUGUUAAUAUUUUCAUGUAAUAAAAUGUUUUAGAUGAUA